GCAAAAAAGAGACAUUAGGGAUAUUGGGUUUGGGAGUCUCUUAGAUAUUAGGAUAAAGAAGUUUUGUCCUAAUCUGAAUUUGGAGGUGUUGUUGAAUUACAAUGCAUCUGGAAUGAUGUUUUCAACAAAGAAUGGUAAACUGAUUUUUAAUAAGUUUACCAUUAGUGAUGUUUUGGGGUUACCUGUGUCAGAUAGACCAGUAGAGGUUAUAGAUGAUGACGCCUUUAGGAGGAAAGGUAGUCAGAUAGAGGCUGGAAGUGCCAGGAAGGAUUGGCAUAGGUUUCUUGGUAUUUCUGAUCCCAAGAAGGUAUAUAUUGGUAGAAAAAAUUGGGAUGAUUUGUUUAAGAAAUAUCAAUCCGGGGAUGAUUUCAAGAAGUUAUUUGUUAUCUUUUCGUUGUCCAAGCUUCUAUGUCCUAUAGCUGAUUUAGGGCCUGUGCUGAAAUGUGCCAAGAGUUUAGAAGAUGCAUCUACAAUUUCAAGUUAUGACUGGUGUGGAUAUAUAUUGAGAAGUCUUUGUGCUGCUGUUUUGGACUGUCAUCAGUCUAUUAUGAUGAAGAAGAAUGAGCUUGGACAGAAGAAAGUAUCAUUCAAGCUUCGGGGAUGCGUUAGCGCUUUGACUCUUGCUGUUAUUCACAACUUCAAGUGUCGUAAUCUGGAUUAUUCAAAUGUCAGUAAGCCAUUUAUCAGUUAUUGGCAGGAAGAGAAGGAUUUGAGUGAUGUUGUGAAGCAGUUUGAGAUCAACAUGGAUUUUAUUCUGCCGGUGAAGCGUGAAAAACAGAAGGUUGAGUUUAAAACUCCCAGUGUUAGUGUUGCUAGUAGGAAGUCUGGUUCUCCUAUAAUUAAGGUGGUUGAGGGUCCAUCACCUUCAACUAGGCAGCUUAUUAUGGAUCUUCCUCAUAGUUUGAUGACUGAUGAGGAAAUAGAUGCUCUUGAUGUUCCUGAAUAUGUGAAGAACAUGCACAAGUUGAAGAGGAAUGCGCUUGCAUUCUGUCAAGUGAAUUUGGAGAUUGCCCAGAAUAUUCGGGAGGAAGGCGAGAAGCUGUCUCAAGACAGUAUUUCUCUGGAUGAUAGUGAAGUAUUUAACCCAGAUUUUCUGAGUCAAAUUGACGACAUAUGCAAGCGUCAUUUGGAAGCGAAAGACAGUGCAAACAAAGUUGAUCCUACAAUUUCACUAUUGGUGAAGCGGCCUGUUGAAUUGGAGUUUGGAAGAAAUGAAAAUGUUCCUGAUUUGGAUUCUGGUGUUCAUGGAGUUGAAGAGAAAGAAGGAAAUGAUGAAAAAGAAGGAGAGGAGGAUGAGAAGAAGAGGAAUGCUGAUGAUGAUCAGCAUAAAGAUGAUGAUGAUGAUGAUGAUGAUGAUGGUGAUGAUAAGGAUCACCAGAAUUAUAAUGAGACAAAGGAUGAUGAUGCUGAUGAUAAUGGUGAUCCUGGUCUUCAAGGAGAUGAAGACAAAGGAGGAGAUAAGGAUGCUGGUUUCAUGGAGAUGGAGAGGAAGGUGGAAGUAAGUUCUUCUUAUUGUAUUGUUUCAGUUUGCUUAAAUGAAAAAGUUAAAUAGCUAACUGAAAGAAUAAAAAGACCAACUGAAAAGUCUGAUAUUCUAACUGAAAUAAUAUUAAUACUAGCUGAAUAUCAUAUAAAUACCAAAUGAAACUUUUGGUAUUUGUUUUUAUUUAAUCUGGUGGAAAAAUUGUUUUAGUUUGUCAAUGAAUUUAUUCAUUUUUAUUUUGUGUUUUUCAGUUAUUGUGUAUUUUUUUUUUUAUUGUUUUUGUUUUUGAAUGAAGAUAAUGAGAAAGAACCAAAGGAAGAUGAUAAAGAAGACUGGCAAUGCUGAUGAUGAUGGUGGUCUUCAAGGAGAUAAAGAGAAGGAGGAAAUAAAGAGUUGGAUGCUGGGGUUCAUGCAGAUGGAGAGAAAGGAGGAAGUAAGUUUCUUUUUUUUACCUAAUUGAAAGAAUUCAAAGACCAACUGAAAAAUGUGAUGCUCUAAAGGAAAUAAUAUCUUAUAAAUAGCAACUGAAAUACUGUUUUAGUUUGUAACAAUAUGAAAACGAACUGAAAAAUAAAUAGGGCUAACUGAAGUAUUAUAAAGACUAGCUGAAAAAAUAAACAAGUCUAACUGAAGCACUAUAAAGACUACCUGAACAAUAAACAAUGCAAGUCAAACUGAAAGAAUAUUCAGACCAACUGAAAACUUUGAUACUCUAACUGAAAUAGUAUUAAUACCAACUGAAUAUCAUAUAAAUAUCAAAUGGAACUUUUUAUAUUUAUUUUUUAUUAUUUUUUGUUUUUGAAUUAAGAUGUUGAGAAAGAACAAGCAAAAGAAGAUGAUACAAAGAGGAGGAAUGCUGAUGAUGAUCAAGUUAAAGGGGCUAAGGAUAAGGAUAAGUGUAAGAUUUCUACACACGUCCCUACUCGCACCGCUGCUGGUAUUGAUCUUGUU